AUGUGGCUGGACCGAUUCUCUGGCCAGUCCACGCCCACAGGAAACCAUACUCCCAAUAGAUAUCCCUCACCUGCUCCUCGAAGGACAUCUCACCUCGCUCCAGGCCAGCGCUCGGGGCUUGGACUGGGCUCGAACCGAUCAAACGUCUCCCUCGACUUGAGCGGAAACACCUCUACGGCAUCCCUCGUCUCGUUCACCAAGGCCGUGAAUGGGUCUGCCCUGAGAUAUGAACAGAGACCGCCCGCGGAUGUGGACGAUCCCGUGGAUGUUCUGCAGAGCCUACUUGCCCAGGGAGGUGACGUGAAUGGCCAUGACGCCAAUAGCGUCAUCGUCGAAGAAAAUAAAGCACACGUUGACUUCGCUGGCUUGAGUCUGCAGCAGUUGGUUGAGAAGAAGGCUGCAGCGCAGAUCCGAAGUCAUUCCACAACGCAGCGUCCGUCCGUGGACAACCGCCAGAAACUUGAGGACUUUCAUGCUUCCAUAUCUGCAUCUGAUCAGGUGCUCGAAUCUGUAGAAUCAUACUUGACCAAUUUUCAGUCCGAACUAGGCCAAGUGUCUGCUGAGAUCGAGGAUCUACAAGAAAGAUCAGUCCAGUUGAAUGCCAAACUUGAGAAUCGAAGACAAGUAGAGAAACUGCUUGGCCCAGCUGUUGAAGAUGUCAGCAUCUCGCCCGUGACAGUCAGAGCCAUCGCCGACGGUCCUAUCGAUGAUGUGUUCAUGAAGGCCUUGACAGAAGUUGACGCUCGGUCCGCCAUACUCGACGGCAAAAAGGGCUCCGGACCUGUCAAGGCACUCGAAGAUGUGAAGCCACUUCUCAACGACCUGAAGGCUAAAGCUGUGGAACGUAUCAGGGACUACGUCGUGGCACAAAUCAAGGCCAUACGCGCACCAGGUGUCAAUGCACAGGUCAUACAGAUGCGGAGCUUCACGCGGCACAGAGAUAUGUUUACAUUUCUCGCUCACAACCAUCCCAUCCUGUCCGAAGAGAUUGCUCAAGCAUACAUCAACACGAUGAAAUGGUACUAUGUUAGCAACUUCACCCGCUACCAGCAAGCACUUCAGAAGCUGCCACUUCACCUCGUCGAUCAGACCGAAUUGAUGGGAUCUGAUCCCGCGGCAGCGAAGAGAUCGAUGCUCGGCGCUAGCAAAACACCGUCCCAACAACACGACCUCUUCUCGCUAGGCAGACGCAGCGAGGUCCUGCGCUUCACAGACGAGACCGUCAUUCCGUCCUAUCUAGCCGAGGACAGCAAGACAGCGCAUUACCUCGAGAUUCCCUUCCGAAACUUCAAUCAAGCACUCAUCGACAAUGUGACUGCCGAGUACUCCAUCGCCACCGAAAUGUUCUCCACCGCCUCAUAUCAGCAAGUCUCCCGCAAAGCCGUCGAGAUGUUUGAGCCUACGUUCACACUCGGCCACGACCUCACCAAGCAUCUCGUCGAAAACACCGCUGACUGCAUUGGCAUCCUGAUCUGCGUACGCCUUAACCAGCACUUCGCCUUUGUGCUGCAACGCCGCAAAGUCCCUAUCGCAGAUUCAUACAUCAACUACACCAACAUACUGCUCUGGCCGCGCUUUCAGCAAGUCAUGGAUCUGCAUUGCGAAUCGUUGAAAAAAGUUCCCGUCGCAGGCAAUCGUGGCGCGGCCGCUGCUUUCAGCCUCGUUGGUGGCGGCGGCGAUGCGUCGAAGGCAUCAGUCGCUCCUCAUGCCGUCACUCAGCGAUUUGGACAGUUUCUGCAUGCCAUUCUCUCGUUGAGCAAAGACGCUGGCGACGAUGAGCCGGUCUCCAGGAGUCUAGGACGACUGCGGAGCGAAUACCAAGCCCUGAUGACAAAGCUCUCGAAAGCUGCAGGCGACACGAGUAAGCGGUCACGAUUUCUAUUCAAUAAUUACAGCCUGGUGCAGACUAUCAUCGGCGACGCUCAAGGCAAGCUUGCAGAGGAUCAGAAGGACUUCUUUGCUAGCCUGCUGGCCGACACGAAGGUGAAAUGA